CGGGAUUGAAAGAUAUUUACUAUUUGUAUAAAUGGGAUUUAAAACUGGUGGUGGUCCCUUGGCUGUUAAAUUUUGCAACAUUGGUUGUCAAACUGAGUUCUCCUGUACACUGGUUUUGUGUGGUUUUGUGCCAAUGAGACAUUUUUAACCCACAAAUUUUCCCGAGAGGGGUUAGGACGGCAUUCAUUUACUAUUCAUUACAUUUACGAGAGAUGGAAGUAACACCUGUAAAGCUAGCUCAUGAGGAGGACCAGUCUCCUGUAGCGAGGAGUGGGGCUCACGAGCCAGAGCCGGAGGAAGAAGUGUCCGAUUAUGAACCAAUUGUUCCUGAAAAUGGACCAACACAUGAACUUUAUGUGGCAGCCAAUGUAGACUCAAAGAUGAAGGAGUUCGUAGAAGACGGAGAAUCGGACGAGGACGAAUACGAUCCGGAGAUAGCAUACUCCGGGAAGGCUAUAGAGAGCAAAGCGAGAGGCCAAGAAACUGGAGAACAUCACGAUAGAACAUCAACCUCUACUGAUGUAGUAGAAUCACCAGAUGUAGUCAACGAACUUGAAAAGGCGAUUGAAAGCCCAAAAGCCGGAAUUGACAACAAUAACAACAACUCUGAAUCGGAAAAUGAGUCGGAUUAUGAUCCAGAAUCUUCCAUACGUAAUCAUCUGAUUAUUAAGCCUAGUGAGCCUGUCAAGACUACGCCUUCCACUGUGCCCAAACUCCCACCUAAACCUCCAGUAAGUCUUGCUAGUACAGACCCUACAGGAGUCCAGAAUCAACUGCUCAAAGAAGCAUAUCAAGCGGUGAUGCAGAGCGAUGUAGUGAAAGAUCCCAACUUUAUAAAAUUACUGCAAAGUGAACAAAUGAAAAUCAUUCAGGAACAAUUAAAGUUGAGCAAUGUAAAUUUGCCCAUGAAUAGUAGCACUGCUGACAUGAACUAUGACCAAGUUUAUUCGUUUAACAAGCCGUUCAAGUAUGUCAAGGAUCCAAUCGCACUCAUCCCAGUGAAUAAAUGGUGUCGUCGUCCUAACAUCACUAAACCCAUGACCCUGGAAGAAGAGGCUGCCUAUGACAAGUUUCUCAAGCAAGAAGCUUACUACGGUAAUUUACAAACUUGGGAUGAGUUCCCAGAUAAGCUGAGAUUGUUUGUGGGGAACUUGCCCACCAAUACUAUCACCAAGGAAGAUUUAUUCCGGAUCUUCAGUCAAUACGGCGAUCUCAUCCAAAUCACAAUCAAGGCUGGGUACGGCUUCAUUCAGUUCAGAACCAUGGAAGGUUGUAUGGAUUGCAUCAAGGGAGAGACAGAUGUUCCGUUGCACAAUAAGAUUUUAAGAUUUGACGCAUCAAGACCACACAAGGCAAAGCAACCGCUUUCACAACCACAACCUCAACUUUCCCAACAGGGUCGAGGUAGAGAACGAACUGCCAGUGAGGUGGAGGAAGAAGACAAUGGAAACGAUAGCAAUGGUGACUCAGUACAUUCUUCAAAGAAACAAAAGCAGCUGGACGUCGCAGAGGCUGUAGAAAAAGAAGGAGAAGAAGAAGAAGAAGAAGAACCUGAGUGUUAUAUUUAUAUCACCAAGGAAUCAUCUCCGUCAUUGGUGAAAGUUGUACAGGACGAAUUCUCAAACUCAUCAAUACGAUUUGAAGUUGAGGAUGUUUCCGAUACUGAUCUUGCGGAUGUACUUAGUGAUGCAGCCUAUUCUGGGAUUUUGGGAACCUGUGUGAUUAAAGAAACGAAUGUGGAUGUUCAAACGUUUGAAAGUACCUCGGAUGGAGGGGUCAAAUUUGAUGAAUAUGCGGACAUAGAUGCGAGUGCCGCUGUUGAAAUCAUUGAGAAGUUCAAAUCGAAGCUGGGAGAACAAGAGGAAGAAGAAGAGGAUGAGGAGGAAAAUUCGCCGUACUCGGGAUCUAAUUCACAUUCCCGUACAAACUCCCCAGCGAUCUCUUUACCGGCGGUUCCAAAACGUAGACCGAUGGAAAUUGGCCAUGAAAAUGAAGGAAGUUACCGUCAAAAACCACGGUUCAAUAACAAACAGGGAGGUCACUCGCAAGAUUCUCAUAGGUAUGGUGGACUGACUCAACGUUAUGGACAUCAAUAUGGAACACCUCCACCACAUCCUGGGUUUGCACCACAAGCUCCACCUCCUGGUUAUGGACCAGUAUCUGUGCCUACUGCUCAAUAUGGAACCCCUCUUCAGCCACAAGGAUUCAAUAAUAUGAACCCUAUCCAGGCCGUGGGUCAACCGUAUGUGGGCCAGGCACCACCACCAAAUUAUGGUGUCCCAAUGCCACCUCAGUCUCAAUACAAUACUCAAUUUGUACAAGGGCCUCCACAGCAAAAUGGUCUUCUUUCUAGUCUACAGAAUAUGGAUCCCGCUUCUAUGCAAAAUAUGAUCAACCUAUUGCAAAAGCAGCAACAACAACAACAAUUUCAACAACAGCAAAUCCGCCAACCAGUUCAACAACAACAACCAAUUGCUUACCCUUUCUCUCAAUCUGGCGCCCCAAUGAACUAUGGUGUGGUUCCUCCCCAACAACAACAACAACAACAACCAAACUCUCAACUCAAUUCUCUUUUAUCUCAGUUGCAAAGUAAUACCCCAAAUUACAAUGGUCAACCCCAACAACAAAUGUCAGAAGGUGGCCAACAAACACAAGACCUAAUGGAAACAUUGGCCAGAUUAGGUGGCCAGAGGUAGACCUUCUUAGUAGGAUACGAAUGAUUGUGAUUGACUGUAACCUAAAGCGUUUUCCCUCCCUAACUUUCUUUCUAAAUAUUAACCACUGUAUUGCAACCCGAUAUCCAU